GGGGGGCGUGGCCCGCGUGGCCGCCUGAGCUGCAGGACGUCGCCCACUCGGUUGUGUCCCGGGUACCUCCCGCGUGACUGACUUCAUGUCUGACAGACUUCGUGUCUGACUGACCUGCCGCCCCGAGUCCUUGCGGGCCCCCCUCUCCUCGCCCCCCGGCCCCAGCCCUCUUCCGUCUGGGCGGGUCCCCGGCUUCCAUCUCCCACCGGCGGGUUCGCGUUCCCCGCCCGCCGUCCUCCGGGGGGCCCUGGGUGAGCCCCGGCCCCAUGGCGCUGCAGGCGUUGCAGAGCUCGGGGGUGGCCUUCCGCAAGAUCCUGUCUCACUUCCCCGAGGAGCUGAGUCUGGCUUUCGCCUACGGCUCGGGGGUGUACCGCCAGGCGGGGCCCAGCUCAGACCAGAAGAAUGCAAUGCUGGACUUUGUGUUCACAGUUGAUGACCCCGUCGCAUGGCAUUCAAAGAACCUGAAGAAAAACUGGAACCACUACUCUUUCCUAAAAGUGCUGGGGCCCAGGAUUAUCACUGCUGUCCAGAAUAACUACGGUGCUGGGGUUUACUACAACCCGUUGAUCACAUGUGACGGGAGGCUUAUCAAAUACGGAGUUAUUAGCACCAGUGUUUUGAUUGAAGAUCUCGUCAACUGGAAUAACCUAUACAUUGCUGGUCGACUCCAAAAACCAGUGAAGAUCGUGGCGAUGAAUGAGGAUAUGGCUCUGCGCUCAGCCCUGGAUCAAAACCUGCAGAGCGCUGUGACCGCGGCUUUCCUCAUGCUCCCGGAAAGCUUUUCUGAGGAAGACCUGUUUACAGAGAUCGCCGGGCUCUCCUACUCAGGUGACUUUCGGAUGGUGGUUGGAGAGGAUAAGGCAAAAGUGUUGAAUAUCGUGAAGCCCAACAUGGCCCACUUCCGGGAGCUGUACGGCAGCAUUCUGCAGGAGAGCCCCCAGGUGGUGUAUAAGGCCCAGCAGGGCAGCCUGGAGAUCGAUAAAAGCCCAGAAGGACAAUUCACUCAGCUAAUGACAUUGCCCAAAACCUUACAGCAGCAAAUAAAUCAUAUUAUGGACCCUCCUGGAAAAAACAGAGAUGUGGAAGAGACUUUAUUCCAAGUUGCUCAUGACCCCGACUGUGGCGAUGUGGUGCGUCUAGGGCUUGCAGCCAUCGUGAGACCUUCCAGCAUCAGACAGAGCACCAAAGGCGUUCUCACAGCCGGCGCUUGUGACUCCGUAGCUGGGGGCAGACGGCUGAUCCAGGCGCAUCUGCACCAUCACGGCAAGACCUUGCUGAGCACUUGCCCUGUGCUGGGGCCGCACUAGGCGAUGGGGACACCGGUGACUAGGACAGGUCCCUGUCCUCCGGGAGCUCCAGGGCUGGGCAGAAGGACAGGUCUGAAGAAAUCAGUGGUUUAUAGCUCACUCAAACUGCAUAAAAUGUGGAAAGGAUGGCUGAGAAAAACGUCCUGACUUUGCUGGCUUUUAUCUAUUUUAUGUUUAGCUGAAUAAAAUGGUCCUUUUUGACAGAA